AUGUCUGGCCUCUUCGACAACAAGGACAACAAGGAUUCCGGCGCUACGGGCGUCGCCAAGACCGGCACCACAACGCUCGGGAACACGCUUUCCGGCCUGACCAACACGGUCGGUGGCGUGGUCGGUGGCGCCAGCCGCGGUGUUGGCGAGACCGUCUCGGGCGUCACGGGAGGGCUGGGCAAGCCGCUCGGAGACGGCGUCGCCAACGUCGGAACAUCCGUCGAGAGCGGCGACAACCAAACCACUGGCAAAAACCCCCCCGCACCUCUUGGCACCCCCGCCGAGAGACUUGCCGCCCGCAAGCCGAUCCCCAAGCCGGUGCCGGCGUAUCUGCCCCACCCGGGGUCGGGGUUGGCGGUCGACAAAGAGCUGUACCGGACGAUCCAAGAGGCGCCGCGGGUGCUCGUGGAGGAGUUCACGCUGGGGAUCCGGUCGGGGCGGGCGUGGAAGGCGGCGGCGGGGUCGAUAGUGAGGAUCAGCACGCCGUCGGGGCCGCAGGUGGGGGACCUCAACGUGUGGAGCGCGCACAACCCGCGCGAGCGGUUCUGGGCCGGGCGCACCAGGCAGCUGCACGGGUCGCACGUCUCGACGCACGACCGGCUGUGGUCCUGCCUGCCGUACAUGCGGCCCCUGGCCACCAUCGUCGCCGACUCGCUGGCCUGGUACGGCGUCGACGAGACGGGCGGCCGCGUGCACGACCUGCUGGGCACCCGCUGCGACCCUUACAUCAACGCCGUGCUCACCGGCGCCAGCUACGACUUCCACUGCCACUCCAACCUCACCAGGGCCGUCCUCCCCUUCGGCCUGGCCGAGGCCGACGUCCACGACGUCAUCAACCUGUUUCAGGCCACCGGUCUCGACGACAAGGGCAGGUAUUUCAUGAACCCGUGUCCCGCGCAGGCAGGGGAUUAUAUAGAGUUUCUGUGCGAGCAGGAUUUGUUGUUUGCCUUG